UUGAGAUUUGAUUCCAUCGUAGAGCUUAAUUUCGUAAAGAUCAUGGGUUCAGUUGAAGCCAAAAAACCCCAUGCAGUGUGUCUUCCAUUCCCAUCACAAGGGCAUGUGACCCCCAUGAUGAGAUUAGCCAAGCUCCUACACUCAAGAGGCUUCCACAUUACCUUUGUCAACACCGAGUUCAACCACACAAGACUAAUACGGUCCAAAGGACCCAACUACUUAGAAGGCCAACCGGAUUUCCGGUUUGAAACUAUACCGGACGGGUUGCCGCCGUCCGACCGUGAUGCAACCCAAGAUGUCUCUGCCCUGUUUCAUUCCACAAGAAAGAAUUGUUUGGCCCCGUUUAAAGAGCUUGUGAUUAAGCUUAACUCAACGUCUCAAGUGCCUCAAGUCACUUGCAUUGUUUCGGAUGUGCUUAUGGGUUUUGGUCGUGAAGCUAGAAAACAGCUAGGCAUCCCAGAGGUUCAAUUUUGUCCUGCUUCAGCUUGUGGCUUCAUGGCAUGCUUGAAUUUCGAUGAACUCAUCAAAAGAGGCAUUAUUCCAUUCAAAGAUAAAAGCUUCAAAGAUGACGGCACACUUGACACAUUGAUCGACUGGAUCCCGGGCAUGAAAAACAUGCGGCUGAAGGACCUCCCUAGCUUUAUUAGAACUACUGAUACUAAUGAAAUCAUGUUCGACUUUAUGAGAUUAGAAAUACGAAAUUGCUUGAAUUCUUCUGCGAUCAUCUUCAACACAUUUGAUGAGUUUGAAAAUGAUGUAUUAGAAGCAAUUUCAGCCAUGUUUCCUCACAUUUACAAUAUAGGUCCCCUUCCCUUAUUAGGUCAACAUGUGCCCGAUAGCCAACUCAAGUCAUUAAGUUCAAGCUUAUGGAAAGAAGACUUCAAAUGUCUCCAAUGGCUUGAUAAAAGGGAAUCCCAAUCUGUUGUGUACGUAAACUAUGGUAGCAUUACCAUAAUGACCGAACAACAUUUGAAAGAGUUUGCAUGGGGGCUUGCAAAUUGCAAGCACCCAUUUUUGUGGAUAGUUAGGCCGGACGUGGUAUUGGGAGAUUCAGCAAAUUUGCCUGAAGAUUUUUUGGAAGAGAUUAAGGAGAGGGGAUUGCUAUUGAGUUGGUGCCCACAAGAACAAGUGUUAGCACACCCAUCAAUAGGGGUUUUCGUAACACAUUGUGGAUGGAACUCUACAUUGGAAAGCAUAUGUUUUGGUGUGCCUGUUAUUUGCUGGCCAUUUUUUGCUGACCAACAAACGAAUUGUCGGUACGCUUGUACCACCUGGGGGAUUGGGAUGGAGGUCAACCAAGAUGUAAAACGUGAUGAGAUUGAAACACUUGUUAAAGAAGUCAUGGAAGGGGAUAAGGGGAAGACAAUGAAGCAACAUGCACUAGAAUGGAAAAAGAAAGCUGUGGAAGCUACUGAUAUUGGAGGUUCAUCAUACAAGAGUUUUGAAAUGUUAAUUAAGGAUGCUCUAUAUGGUCCAUAUGGCAACUAAAUAGUACAAUUAUUUUAAGCACCACAUACCUAUCAUGGUUUCAGCUCUAUCUAUGAUAUGUUCUAUCUUUCAUGCAUAAUUUGUGGUUAAAUUUAAUUCUAUUAUGUAAUUCUAAGAUGCUUAUCAAA